AGAGAGAGCGGGUGUAUAACUUUGGGGAACAUAGCAAGAGGCAGCAAAGGGAACAAACUUUUCUCUCUUGGCUGCUUCCAUUUGGACUUUUUCACAUUUCACCAAAUACCUCAGUGUGGACAGAGCGGAAACUAGGGAGGAUCAUUUGUUUGCUUUACUAGUUAAAGAGUUAUUUCCAUGUUUGUGUGAGCAACAUAAGUUAAUUUGCUUUGUUGAUCUUUGCAUUUGUAUCUGAUUAUCGCUGCACUUUGAGGAAGGCGUGCGCACACAUUUGAAACACACUUAGCUGCAGCUCUCUCCAGCUCAUAGGAGUGUGAAUCUGGACUGAGACACACACACACUUAUAUACAGACACACACACACACCUGUCGUUGCUGAGGAUUCCCCGGGAGCGCUGUCAUGGGCAUCUGCGUCACUGUUGCUUGAGGGAAACGGUGCGUCUCGGCAGCUGUUGUCUGUGGUGGCCUCGCUGAGUGUUACAGUAGAAGUUGAGCCGCCGCUCCAGAGAAGAGGGGGGGGGAUGUCAACCUACUACCCCCGCACCAAGGACCUGACCCGCACCAGGAAGUCAGUGACAGACUCACCGCCGGCCUCUCCGUCCGCUACUGACAAAAACUACAGACAUGAACGACUGUCACGAUACGACUCCAGUGGGGAGAGUGUAACAGACAAACCAUUGGGCCGAACCAGCUCUUACACUCGGAGAGAGACGAGGCUGGCUGCUCUGAACAGAGCAGAGCAAGACCCCACUACCAAAGACUAUAAGAAGAUGUAUGCAGAGGCAUUGCAUGAGAAUGAUAAACUCAAGUCCAGGUUGCAGGACAGCAAACAGGAACUGGUGAAGAUACGUUCCCAGCUGGACAAAGUCACUCAGAGGCACGACAGAAUAUCAGAGAGAUCUACAGCGGUCGAAUCUGAGAAAAGGGAAAAACAAGCUCUUGAGAAAAGAGUGUCAAACAUGGAGGAUGAGAUAAAGCCACAUAACGUCUACACUCCCCUCUCCUUCUGGUGCCUCUACAGCCCCUUCUCGUCCUCUGCUGUGUUCCUCUCAGAUGUUAACAGAGCUCAAGUCAGACAACCAGAGGCUGAAGGAUGAGAACGGGGCUCUGAUUCGAGUCAUCAGCAAACUGUCCAAAUAAAAAGAUGUCUGAAGCUCCUGUUAUGUGUCUGUGGACGCUCCAACCCCGAUAUGGCAGUUUAAUUAUCCACCAUGUCCCAAGUUGUGACUCCUCUGCUCUGCCGAAAUAAAUUCCUGUUGGGACUUAUGAAGAUCCAAAGAGAAGUGUUAUGGAGUUUCAGUCCGUGUGUGACGAUGGAGUUGCAACAAAUAUAUCUACACGAUUAGUUCACAGUAUUUAAAUAGGGACCAUAUAAAACACAUCCAGGGGUUUGCAUGAAAGUACUGUUUCAAUAUUAUACCCACACAUUACAUUGAAACAUCACGUUACUUGCUGCACUGCAGAAACGUUUUUUAAUAUUGUUUUAAUUAUGACAGAAGAUAGAGGAAACCAAGGCCACUUUGGCAUUGGCAUAGACUGUAUUUUAAAAUCAUUGUAAUUUAAAUCAGAAUAAAUGACCACAUGUUAAAUGAGGCCUAACCAAGCAACAAAUAGGUGCUCCAGUUCCAGAAACAAAAGCUAGAUAUUGAUAUGAAUCCAACAAGGCAUACUAUAAGUACGAACCAUCAUUGACGCCAUCACAGGAUUGUUAGAUGCAGUUCUCCUAAUGGCAAGAACAUGUUUGCUCCGGUCUAAGAAUGCAUUGAAAAUUAAAUGUUCCGGCUUCUGGCAUACACUUUUAUAUAAGACUAGUGAUGUUAUAAAAAAAUUAUAUUUUGAACAUUUUUACUCUAUGAUAAAGAUAUAAUGAGAUGCAUGAUUUGCUUUGUGAUUGCCUUGAUUGUCAACUCUCUCAGGGUUUCCACUUGGCAGUGCCUGCUUACAAUACCUACCAAUGCCACUACAGUGUUAUAAAGUUCUGUCGCCUUAAAACUAUUUAGAACUAGUUAGAUACAUUUUUUUGUUAGAGAAAUCCUUAUUAUUUUGAAUAUGACAUAAUUGUUCACCCUAAAAUGUUCCCUGUAUUUGGUAUUCAAAGGGGUUUGUAUGUUAGCCAUGCAAUGCAGAUUACUUUGUGUAAUGCACUUUCUACAGAGUGGACAGUGUGUGGGCAUCACUAGCAACACUCCUUUAUCCUCCAGCUAGUGUCAGUUUCCAUGAUAACAUAAUUCAGUUUGUGCCAGAUUCUCUUUGUCAGUUUCAGUCGCCAAUUCUUAAAUGUUUGUGAGAAGUGUAAAGGAUUCAGCUUCAAAUCAGCAGAACGGCUACUCAGAUGAGACAGUGUGUGUGUUUGUGGAGAAAAAAAGUGUCCUAUAUGUCGUGUGAUAGAGAUAUAUUUAUUUAUUUAUGCAUUUCAUAGUUCUAAUCUUCAAUCAUUUGUUUACUUUUUUAAGGAAUACAUCUAUAAUUUUGACUUCCUGCCCAUCUUAUUGUUAGUUGAUGAAAAUGCAAAUGUCAAAAUUGCGAUGUAAAUCACUGCUGACAUUUUAAACCUCACAAUAUUGUGUGAUCAAAAACUAAAUAAAUAUCAAGCACAAUCUAACGUUUUGAGGAAUAAACUGUUGCCUGCACUUUAAAUUAUAUUCGGUCCAGAUUGCAAUCAUCCUUUGUUGUGUGUUGAUAUUGAGAUACAUAAAUAACUGCCUGAGUUCAUUGACUUAUUUGGUACAUCUGGCUACAUCUUAAAAUAAAGCUUUGAAAUAAACCAUUACUUCAUGAAGGUAAUCUUCUUUUGUUCUGGUCACUUCUGGAGGCCAUGUUUACUGGUGCUUUCAAAAAAAAUGGUUUGGAUUAAUUCUCAGUAUUUGGGUUCAACAAAAUAUUUGAACUUUUGUUUAAUCUUAACAAGUCUCCAACCAUGAUGCUACUCCCUUUGUCAUGGAGCCUUCACUGUCAUCCAACAGGAAGUCCUCCCUGGUCUAAAACAGUGUGUUAUCAUAUUUAAUGUAUGAAACAGCCAGACUUAUUGCAUUAAAAUUCCUUUCGUGUUGGCACAAGUGAUGGAUGAUGUGCCAUGAAUAAUUUAGGAAUCCGUCUUCACUUCACUUUAAUGGAUGAGUAGCGAAAGUCCCCGGUGUUUGAAUAAUUCCUUUAACAAUGUGAUGCUGUAACACCAGGGCUAUCUUUGUCACACCGGUCAUUUACUCAGAACUACUAAUUGGUCCGCUAUUUCUACACAGAAUGCAUAUUGAACUAUACAGUAUAUAUUGUUAAAAUGUGUGUAAUGUGUCCAUGCUUAAUACACAAUGAUAAUACACUUUGCUUAAUAAACUAAAGGAAAGGA